AUGUCAAUCGCUCCAGAACCAAGUUACAAACAUGUUGCAAACUCAAAGCUGCAUGAAAUCCUUCUUAAGAUUUUUGUUGUUUCAGAUGUGAUUAAAUACACGAUUGUCACAACCGACGUUCCAGACUCGAACAACCGAUGUUCAUCGUGGUUCUUGUGGUUUUGGAGGUGGCUUUUGUUGCAGCAUAAGGAUGGAGUACACAUGGUCAUUGAAGAAAUUCGAAUCAUAGCGAUCUAA